AUUAGGGCAAAAAGAGCCAAAACGGAGGAUUUAUUUGGCCGUGAGAUUUUCGGAGCGAUCAAAUCCCGUUUGACAGGAUUUAGCAUAAACCCUGCUCAAAUCUUGCAUCCCCUUUGCUUGCGUUCCAGGUUCUGUCCCGUCUCGUCAUUAGCGAACAAGGAGGCUUACCGUCGGCGCCGUUUGCCGUUGAAGACGUAGCAGAUGAUUGCUUGCAUUCCAUUCUCUCGGUGAGAUACCUAAUUUUUGCAGAUUGAGCCGUCUAUCAAGCAGCGUGGCAAAUGCUUUCUGCAUUCGGUUGUACCCUUUCCAGGAUUACCUUUGCGGUAGAAGUUUACCCUGCAUCUCUAUAAUUGGGGGGAUGAAGGGCGGUCAAAGUUCACUGGACAAGCGCAAGAAGCAUCAAGUUUCUACAAUUUGGAGACCAAUCUCCACGGAGUCAGUACACAUAUCAAAAGUUAUGAAAAGUGGCUCCACUGAUCCCCUUAUGAAUAAUUUCAAUAGUGAAGAUUCUGCUCCAGAUGAUUCAACUGGUGGUUUGGUUGUGAGAUUGACUUCUGAAGCUAUGGAUAACAAGAGUGAGACUGAGCCUCUAGAAGGAAAUGAGACCACACCUGUUUACUGCAAAACAGAAAAUUGCUCAGAAAACCAUGACAACACAACUAUUACUGAUUCUAAUACAGUCAUACAGCAGGCCGAAGAUAUUAGAGAAACUCUAACUGUCUUGAAGCCAAACAAAGAUUCUGAGAUAGUCGAUAAGGAUAUAAAACACUCAAUUUCUAUUCAGGUUGAUGCUCCUUUGAUUCGUUUUAUAAAAGGAAAAUGGGGAUUAACACAAAAGCAAAUUGAGGAAGAGACGGGUGUGAAAAUUAUACUUCCAUCAGCUAAGGGUGAUGGUUCUGUUGUUAUUGAAGCUGCAUCCCUGGAAAAUGUCAAUAGAGCAUCUGAAAAAAUUACAAACGUACUUGAACAGGCAGUGAAAAGCCCAAACCUUGAUUACUCCCAUUUUGUAUCUCUCCCGCUUGCUAUCCACCAAGAACUGGUAGAGAAGCUAGAAGGAUUUCAGAAAUCUGUACUUGAAGAAGUUAAUAUGAUACCUGGUGACAUGGAUGGUAGUUCAUGUGAUGAUUCUUCUGAUGAAAAAGAUGAUGAUUCCAAACAUUUGAAAGGUCCAAAUACCACAGUUAAGCUCAAAGCUCAAAACAAUAAUGAAAAUGUGGGAUUAAAUAUGGAUGCUGAUGGCACAAAGUUGUUAAAGUCAUCUACCUCGUCAGCAAUGGGUAUUGAUAGGUCCAUAUUUAUUAAACCUCAAACAUUUCACUUGACUGUGCUUAUGCUGAAGUUAUGGAAUAAGGAUCGUGUUGCUUUGGCUACAAAGAUUCUUAAGGACAUUUCUUUGAAAGUAUCGGAUGCUUUAGAAAAUCGACCUGUUUCUAUAAGGCUAAGAGGACUGGCAUGCAUGAAGGGUUCACCAGCUAAUGCCCAUGUCGUAUAUGCUCCAAUAGAGGAAGUAAGUGGAGAUGGACGCUUGUUACGUGCUUGCCAGGUUAUCAUUGAUGCUUAUGUGGAAGCAGGUCUUGUUCUUGAAAAGGAUGCUCGUCAUUCUUUAAAGCUCCAUGCCACUUUGAUGAAUGCAAGACAUAGAAAAAGAAAGUUUCGGACUAGAAGAAAUGAUUCAUUUGAUGCACGAGAUAUAUUUAAGAGAUAUGGUUCAGAAGAUUGGGGUGAAUAUGCCAUUCGGGAGGCCCAUCUUUCUCAAAGAUUUGUUUUUGAUGAAAGCGGAUACUACCAUUGCUGUGGCUCAAUACCCUUUCCUGGGAGCAUCUAAAUUGAGUGAUUUUUAACUAUGUAGUCCAGGUGAGACUUUUUUUUUUCCCAUAUUAGUUUCUUGUCAUUGAUUCUUGUUUAUAUUCUUCUUGUUUCCUAAUGGGAACAUUUUACAUUAUACUAAAAAAAAAGAAGGUAAAUCUAAGGAUUUGAGAUGAGAAUUUACCUGCUACCCACGAAGUUGAUCAUAACCAAUUAAUACAAGGUUUUUGGAUUAUUAUUAUGGGUAGGCAAUCUAGUUUUAAUCAGCAUUGCAAUUCUGGAAGCUUGAUAGUAAAUCAUGUUCCAGACCAAUUCAGCUCUGUAAUUAUUCCUCCAACCUAUUACAAUGCAAAGUUCCAUUUUUAUUCUUAUAAUGUAACAGCAUUGAAUAAGAUUUUUACCAUCAA